AUGGCUAGGAAAACUAAUUCAAAGAAAUCCACACCUGUGAAUACACCAACCAAGCAAAAAAAGAAGGUUGCUGAAAAGAAACCUUCCACGAUUAUUCCAAAGGAAAGAGUGACUAAAGCUGUUGAUGAACUAAUAAAAUACACCUCCAAGUCCCAAGAAAGCGACAAGGAAGAAGAAAAGAAUGGUAAGAAACAACUGUUGGAAGAUGAUGAGGCGGAAUUGAAGAAAGAUUUACAACUAAUCGUAGUGAAUAAUAAAUCAUUUACCGGUACUUCUAAAUCCUUCAAAUUGAAAUUGCUGAAUAUUAAGCAUUCUCUUUAUAAGCCUUGGAAAGAAGCCAGUUUGACCGCUGUCAAAGAUUUUAAGACUCUAUUGAUCUUGAAGGAUUCUGACAUCAAAAAAGUAUCGGAAGAUGAUUUAUUCGAUAAAUUAGACUCUGAAGGCAUCAAAAUUGACGAAAUUAUCUGCGGUAAGGAUUUGAAAACUGUUUACAAAGCUUACGAGGCUAGAAGUGCUUUCAUUUCCCAAUUUUCUUUGAUCUUGGCCGAUGACAGUAUAGUUACAUCUUUGCCAAAACUAAUGGGUGUCAAGGCUUACAACAAAGUGGAAACUACUCCAGUAGCAAUCAGAACACAAGCAAACAAGGAAUUCUCAUUGACCACUUUGACGAACAACAUUAAGAAGGUAUAUUUAAACCAAUUGCCUAUCAAAAUGCCAAGAGGUACCACUUUGAAUGUGCAUUUAGGUAAUUUGGAAUGGUUGAAGCCAGAAGAGUUCGUAGAUAACAUUUUAUCAGUCUCCGAGCAAUUAAUCAAGGGUUUCCCAAUCAGAUCGGUUUUCAUUAAAACGAACAAAUCCCCUGUAUUGCCAUUGUAUUACAAUCAAGACGUUCUAGAUGAACUUGUCGCUAAGAAGGAAAAGACUCAAGAAAAAACAGAAGAUGACAUGGUCACCAUUGAUGGUGUUCAAGUUCACCUAUCUACUUUCAACAAGGGUUUGAUGGAAAUCGCUAACCCUACUGAACUGGGUGCAAUCUUCUCUAGACAGGUCAAUAGCGCUAAAAAGAGAACUUCUGAUGAACUUGAGAAGAAGUCUAGUGAAUCUGAAACCGUCAAGAAAGCUAAGAAUUGA